AUGGAUGAAGAACUCUUGAUUCUCGGUGAUGUACAAAAAGCAUACGGUAAAGCUCAGCCUGGUCAAAUGCUUGGUCCCGGUUCACCGAUAGAGGAGGCCUUCCCAGGGAAACUCGCGGAAAAUGCUCCUGCUAGGUGCGCGAGGCACUGUUAUUCGGAGGCUCAACGAGUUCUGGACUUUAAAGACCUGUGUAAAAGGGAUGAGGUUGAAGAAGGGGAUGAAGAUGCCAAUAAAGAAACUCUCCGAAAGCUAGGCGAGCUGAUGAACGCGAGUCACGAGUCCUGCCGUCAUCUGUACAAUUGUUCCUGCUCUGAACUUGAUCAAUUGGUCGACAUUUGCAGAUCUGCUGGCAGCUAUGGAAGUCGAUUAACCGGAGCAGGUUGGGGAGGUUGUGUGAUUUCCUUAGUUGCAGAAGACCAUAUUCAGCAAUUUUUGGAGAUUGUUGCAAAGACAUACUACAACACGUCUCCAGAUGCAGUUUCUCAAAAACUAUUUUUUACAUUACCUGGAAAAGCUGCGGGUUUUGUCGACAUUACCCCGUAA